UGAGAAAGCAUAAAACCACACUUCAUAGAUGUCAACAAUUACUCAUCUUCUUCUUAUAAUUCCCUUAUUCGUGUUAUCACAAACCACGACUGCUAAUGAUGCCAACAACAAGUCAUUAGAGGCAAAAGCUUUGGUUGCUUGGUGGCCAUAUGCAAACGCUUCACAUCACUGUAUCUGGGAAGGAAUAACUUGCAAUAAAGCAGGAAGUGUCACUGGUAUAUACUUAGUUGGUCAUUACCUUGGGGAUGGAACUGGUCUUGGAAGCCUCAACCUCUCUUCAUUUCCAAACCUUGUUAGCCUUGUUAUUGGUAGAUGUGGUGUUGAAGGAAGCAUCCCAGAGCAGAUUGGUUUGCUCUCAAAUCUCAACUUUCUUUCACUUCGGGAGAAUCAACUCACAGCUAACUUACCCAUUUCACUCACCAAUCUCACCCAUUUAAAAUACCUUGAUAUUUUCAGCAACCAAUUCACUGGACAGUUACCUGUCUCUUUCUCCAAUCUCACCGAUUUAGUAUACCUUGAUCUUUCUAAUAACCAUUUUAGUGGUGACUUACCACACUCUUUCACCAAUCUCAUCCAUUUGGAAGACCUUGAUCUUUCUACAAAUAAUUUCAGUGGUGAGUUACCUGUUUCCCUCACCAAUCUCACCCAUUUAACAAAUCUCAUUCUUUCUAGUAACAAUUUCAGUGGUAACUUGCCUGUUUGGCUCACCAAGCUCCCCUAUUUAAAACUCCUUGAUCUUUCUUAUAACAAUUUCAGUGGUGAGUUACCUGUUUCCCUUGCCAAUCUGACCCAUUUAGAAGUCCUUUAUGUCAGUAGUAACAAACUUACUGGUCCAAUCCCACCAUCUUAUGGUUCCAUGGUCAAUCUCACAGUCCUAGACUUGAACACAAAUCAACUCAAUGCAUCCAUCCCAAACCAAAUUACUCAUUUGCAACACCUAGUAAUACUGAAUCUGGGUGACAACAAUUUAGACGGCCCAAUUCCCUCAAAUUUUAGUAACCUAGGCCAACUGGAAUUUCUAAACCUUGGCAUGAAUUCCAUAAAUGGUCCCAUACCUCCAGAUAUAGUAAAUUUGAUUAACUUACAGCAACUCGACCUUAAUCAUAAUAGUCUUGUGGGUCCGAUUCACAGAAACCUGUCAAGACUUUCUUACCUUGAUUUUUCAUCAAAUCAGUUGUCUGGUAAUUUGUCUUUUCAAAAUCCAUGUAAUCUACAACAUCUAGACCUCUCUAUGAAUCAGAUGAAUGGAGCUAUCACAAGUCUUCUUGUUUGCAAUCACUUAGAAUACUUAGACCUUCGUAGUAACAAUUUUGUAGGAGAAGAAGUUAAUAAUUUGGAGUUUCCGUAUUUGAAAUUCUUAAAUCAGUCUCUAAAUAAGAAUCUAACUUCAAUUAGCCCCGGUCCUUCUUCAAUCCAGAAUAGAGAAACUGACUUGUCGUGCAAUGCUUUAAGUGAGCAAUCAACCUGCAAAGCACAUAUGCUAAGACAAAAAGUGGUCCACCAUUUGACCAUUUUUCUUCCCAUCAUUGUGGGACUUUGCUCCUUGCUUCUUGUUUACAUGUGUUUAAAAAAUUACAAUGCCAAAGAAAAAAAAUUCCAACAAGAAACAAAAAAACAUGGAAAUGUGUGUUCCAUAUUGAAUUAUGAUGGAACGAUUGCAUAUGAGGACUUCAUCACUGCUACAGAGGAUUUUGACCUCAAAUAUUGCAUUGGAACCGGUGGCUAUGGCAGUGUUUAUGAAGCAAAACUGCCUGAUGGUAAAAUAUUUGCUUUGAAAAAACUCCAUUGUUUUGAAGCCAACCAACCAGCAUUCAACCAGAGUUUCAAGAAUGAAGCCCAAGUGUUGACCAACCUCCGCCACAAAAACAUUGUCAAACUCUAUGGUUUUUGUUUGCAUAACAAAUGCAACUUCCUUGUAUAUGAAUACAUGGAAAAGGGGAGCCUGUUUUGCGCCUUGAGUGACAGUGAAUUAGCUGUUCAAGUGGACUGGAUGAAGAGGGUGAACAUUAUCAAAGACGUAGCACAUGCUUUGGCAUACAUGCAUCAUGAUUGCAGCCCUCCUAUUGUUCAUAGAGACAUAUCAAGCAACAACAUUCUCUUGAACUCAGAACUGGAAGGAUUUGUUGCUGACUUUGGAGCAGCCAGAUUGCUCGACCCAGAUUCCUCCAACCAAACUGUAAUUGCGGGAACUUUGGGAUACAUUGCUCCAGAGCUUGCGCAUAACAUGAUUGUGACUGAAAAAUGUGACGUGUAUAGCUUUGGGGUGGUGGCACUUGAGACAAUUGGAGGGAAGCAUCCUGGAGACCUCCUCGAAUCCCUGAAUUAUUUGACUACUCGUGGUACAACUUUGGAAAAUAUAUUAGAUAAGCGACUCCCUUAUCCAACCGAUAAAUCUAUUGAAAAGGAAAUUGUGCGUGUUUGUAAUGUAGCAGUAGCGUGCAUUCUCACAGAUCCAAAGUGUCGGCCGACAAUGAUAGAGGUGUCUCGGGAAUUAUCAUGUUGAAGACAUCAUAUGGGCUAUCUCCAAGCUUUUUUCAUAUUAUACUUGUGUCACCGUGCUAUAAACUUGAAACUUUUAGAACUGUUUGCAAUGUGGAUCUUAAAAGUCUAAAUAAAGCUACGCACUUGAAACAUUCUAGUUUAUAAUAGAGUAAAUUACAAGUUUUGUCCUUUAUGUAUGUACCAAAUUGUAGUCGGUGUCCUUUAACUUC